AUGGCUCUCACAAAAAUAUCUUUAGUCCUUUUCCUCUGCCUCUUAGGUUUCUACUCCCAAAUCGUCAAGUCUCAAAACUGCGGUUGCGCCCCAAACUUAUGUUGCAGUCAGUUCGGUUACUGCGGUACAACCGAUGCAUAUUGUGGCACUGGGUGCCGAUCAGGUCCUUGUAGAAGCAGUGGAACCACUCCUUCGACGGGUGGUGGUUCGGUCGAUAGCAUUGUGACACAAAGUUUCUUUAACAGCAUUAUCAACCAAGCUGGUAGUGGCUGCGCCGGAAAAAACUUCUAUACUCGUGAUUCUUUCAUUAGCGCGGCAAAUACUUUCCCCAACUUUGUCAAUUCCGUUACAAGGCGUGAAAUUGCUACCAUGUUUGCUCAUUUCACUCACGAGACCGGACACUUCUGCUAUAUAGAAGAAAUAAACGGAGCGUCACAUAACUACUGCGACCAGAACAACAGGCAAUACCCAUGUCAACCGGGCAAAGGCUAUUUCGGUCGUGGUCCGAUCCAGCUAUCAUGGAACUACAACUACGGAGCGUGUGGUCAGAGUCUUAGCCUUGACCUCCUUCGCCAGCCCGAGCUAGUAGGUAGCAACCCAACUGUGGCUUUCAGGACCGGUCUGUGGUUUUGGAUGAAUAGCGUAAGGCCGGUACUGAACCAAGGAUUUGGAGCCACUAUUAGAGCCAUCAAUGGUAUGGAGUGUAACGGUGGGAAUUCAGGUGCGGUCAAUGCAAGGAUCAGGUACUAUAGAGACUAUUGUGGACAGCUUGGAGUGGACCCUGGUGGUAACCUUAGCUGCUAA